CUGUAGAUAUUCAGAAAACAUUUAUUUUCGCAAAAUUUUUCUGGUAAAGUGCAACAAAAGUGAAACGUGUGAGUCACACAUAGCUCUUGCGUGGAUGCCAGAGUGCGAGUUUUGCAGAUUUGCAAGGCUGAGGCACAAAAUAAUAUAGUACGCAGAGUGAGACGCCAUUUUGCUACUAUGUUAACUAGACUUACGGUCCAAGAUUAGGAGAAAACUAGGAUAUAUUUCCUUACGUGUACUGGCUUAUCAUGAAAUGAUAACUUGUACAAAAAAAGUUUACAUAAAGUUUAUCAUCUUAGAAUGUUCUAUUUUUGCGAAAAAGCCAAAUAUUAGCAACAACUUGAUGAAAUAUUUUACCUUGAGUGCGAAAGAGUGAAAGUAAAUUUUAAGUGUUUAGAUAACUUAAUAGAAAAAAUUAAUUGUGCAAUGUUGAUAAAAUGUUGGAUGAUGCUGAUUCAGUAACUCGAAGGUUACUAUCUCCAGGCAAAAACUGUUUGAACAUGAAUUCUGCAGUGAUUGAGAAUGAGAAGGGAGUGGCAGGUGGAAAUAAGGGUGACAGGGAACUAGACUUAAGGCUUCACGACGCAGUGUGUGAUCCAGAUAAUAUUGAGGAAAUUGAAAAUCUGAUUGAUGAAGAGCCGGGACUUCUGUUCGAAACUGACAAUGGGGGACGAGUCCCUUUACACGCCGUGGCAAUCGACGCGGAUGAAAUGGCUUCGCAGAUAUCAAAACUGCUUUUGGGAGUGACCGAAUCGCCGGACGGAUCUCAAGUAUUGAACAUAGAUCGACCUGAGCUGCUAAACCUGAAGGACUCGUCUGGUUAUACUGCCUUGCAUUAUGCCGCUGUAAACAGGGACGAGGCCCUUGUCUCAGCUCUGCUUCGAUGGGGGGCAGAUCCUUACCAACAAGACAAGAAAGGGAACACCCCGUUGCACUUGAGUUCUGCAGGGAAACUGGAAAAUGCGAUUGAAUGUGGGAAGCAUCUCCUAAAAUAUGAUGUUAAUCGAACCCUUGUUAACGUUGUGAAUUGCGAGGAUAAGACAGCAUUACACAAAGCCAUUGAUGAGAGAUCAAUCCUUAUGAGCAAAUUCCUGCUAAAGCCUGAAAAUAAGUUUAACAUGUCUCAACAAGACUCCAAGAACAGUUGGAAUGUUCUCCAUUACAUUUGUUCUGGGACUGAGGAGAAUGAUGCUCUGUGCGAAAUUGCGAAGGCAAUAAUUUCGCGAUGUAGCUCUUCUCAGCUCAACCAGGCAGAUAACAAGCAAAGAACUCCACUAAUCUUGGCAGCAAUUCAGCGACUCCCAAAAAUGACAGGAAUUCUCGUAAAUGAGGACAAAACGGAUGUCUUGAGGGGGGACGAGUUUGGAAAAACAGCGUUGCAUUAUGCCUGUCAAAACGGAUGUUACCCCAAUGGGCACAGGUGCGUGGAGACUUUGAUCGGGAGAAAGUUCACGGAGAGAGCAGAUAUGGUCAAGUACUUGUAUCGAAACGAGGACAAGCAGGGCAACACGCCGUUCAUGUACGCCUGCCUCAACUGCCCUGCCAGCACGGUUCAAAAAUAUUUGGACGCAGUGAAAGACCCGUAUUAUUGGUUGACCGGUACCUACUCCACCUUGCUGUACAAGCACUGUCCCUUAGCUCUGAAAACUUUGAUGGAUAAAGCUUUCACUGAGGACAAGAAACGGUCCACUGAUUCCGAGGACUAUCUUCUUGUGGACUAUGGUCCGAUUAUAGGUUACACGGAUACGGUGGAGAUCCAGCCCCAGCAAGAAACCCUGUACUUGAAGCAAGCUUUACAUUGGGAGUACGAAUCUAAAAAGGAAGUAUUGUUGCAUCCUUUGGUGCAAUUGUUUAUGCUGAGAAAGUGGAAUAAAUUGAGAUGGAUCAUUUUGGCAUGGGUUCUCUGGCAGUUGAUUUGGCUCGGUGCUUUCACUACAUUAAUAAUCACCUUCUACUCGAAUAAAGAAACUUCCAACCAAGCUGCUGCCAUUAUCUCGUCCUUUGUAAUGUUGCUCUACAUUCUCACCUCACUGGUGAAUGAGAUGUUUGAAAUGUACACUGUCAAGUGCUCGUACAUUUGGAGUCUCACAAAUUUAACACAAGUGGCUCAGAACUUUUUGGCUCUCAUCGCCAUUUCUCCAGUGCUAUAUGGGUCCGAUACUCCCCAAGGUUGGCAGAAAUUGGCCACUGCAACCGGAAUUCUUCUCGCCUACAUCCUGAGCAUGAGAGACAUUGGAAAGCUUCAUAAUAAAAUUGGCCUAGUUGUGGAAGUGUUGAAACAGGUUCUCAUACAAAUUGUCCAUGUGUUGCUGUGCUGUGCACCUUUGUGGAUUGGUUUCACGCUUGCCUUUGUAGUGAUAUUUGAUGAUGAUGAGGCACUUCGUAGUGCAUUCCCCGGUCCGAUAGUGAAAGUUUUGGUGAUGAUGACGGGAGAGUUUGAGUACAAUGACACAUUCAAGAAUGAAGGCGAUGACGAUAAAGCCGAAACUUCAUUAACACAAAAUCGUGUAGUGAGGCUGCUGUUCUUUUUAUCUUUCCUGAUCUCUGUUCCGAUAUGCUUCUUUAACCUUCUGACAGGUUUCGCUCUGGACAAAGUGAUGGAGCUAAGAGAACGUGCGAAAGUUGGGAGAAUUGCGAAACAAUUGGAGCAUAUUUAUUUCAUCGAGUCUAUUCUUCUGAGCCUCCGUCCAUUGGGGAAAGUCUUGCCCAUGUUUCCCUACCAAACUUGCCUGAGAAAACUGAACGUGGCCACGGCAUGGAUCGACCAAAAGUUCCAAUUCUACACCAUAAUACGAGAACAGAUUCGCCAGUCUGAAAAGAAGGGUUCGACCCAGAAGCUUCGUGGAUGCUUUGCUGGUCUUGUUCCGUCAUUUUGCACAGUUCGAGUUCCAAAAGAGGUAGAGGAGAAAAUCUUCUCCCUUGCAACCGCAAACUCGUCAAGUCCGGAUGCACCGGAGAAAGGUUCCAAGUAAUCCGCCCAUUUUAUUAAAAACGUACUAAAAAUUUAAUACGGCCAUUUAAUACUUACAUAUGUAUAUUGCCUACGUGCAUGUGUACCAAUAUGCUAACAAUCUACGGAUAUAAUUAUAAUCUCUAAUACUGACGCGUUGUAACAAGAUUUAAAGUGUCUAAUGAAUGUUAUAAGUAAUAUUUGUGAUAAACAUAUUUAAUAAACAUCAAUUUUAUAUUCGUGAGUACAUA